AUGACCGAUCCAUUGAAGACUCUAGACUCCGGCCGGCCGAGGCCAGCCGCCGUUUCGCAAGAAGUCUACGCUAUCGCCGGAAUCUCAGUCACAGUCUUUGGACUUGAAGAGCUUCGGUCGCAGGCCACUGAGGUAGCGUGUCUCUGGCUGCUGCAUCCUCGUUUGGCAACUCAAGAGCGAAUGACUGAUAUCGCCGCCUCUACCAUCACCGACUGGAACACCAAGACCAAAGAUACCCCAACAGCUAAAGGUCUCAUAGCCGUUUCUUUUGACCAGCGCAAUCAUGGUGCCAGAAUGGUGAACCCACUGGCAAAUGAGGCCUGGCGACAAGGCAAUCCGCGCCAUGCACAAGAUAUGUUCUCUAUCUUCCAGGGAACCGCGCGGGAUACUUCCUUGUUAAUGGACUACCUAGCUGCGUUCGUCUUUCCCAAUGGAGAGCAUAAGAUCUCCGAGAACCUGGUUCUGGGCGUAUCCCUCGGUGGGCAUGCCGCCUGGAGUUGUCUAUUGCAUGAGCCUCGCAUCAGUGCGGGUGUGGUUAUCAUUGGUUGCCCCGACUAUCUCAACCUCAUGGUGGAUCGUGCACGACUGUCGAAAUUGCCCUCUUGGACAAAGAGUAACCCACCAGGGGCAGAGAUCCUGGGCUCCGAGGCAUUCCCAUCUUCGUUCGUGGAUAUUGUCGAACAGUAUGAUCCUGCGAGUCUCAUGCUCAAACAUGUGAAAAGUGCAUCUGGACCACUACGUGACGAGACCCUACCUGCGCCAACGGACCAGGAACAGCAGGAGCUUCGGCCAUUGCUGACACGGUGUCUGGCGGGUAAGCGUAUCUUGAACCUGUCCGGUGGUGUCGAUAAGCUCGUCCCGUAUCAGCGGGGUGAAGCCUUUUUGAAAUGGUUCAAGAGUGCAAUUUCGGACAAUGGCUGGUUUGAGGAAGGUGCGAUCACGUUCGAGGAUAUUAUUGACCAGGCAGCAGGCCAUGAGGUCACCCCUAAAAUGGUUGAUGAGGCCGUUCGGUUCAUCAGUGAGACGUUGGCUAUCAACGAGAAUAGCAAGGAGCGUAGGGGUUCAGUGCGAGAAUCUAAGAUCUAG